AUGGAGCUGCCGGAAUAUCCACCGAAGGUCGAUAUCAAGACCCAGAUCUAUGAGCCUCUCCCCAAGACAGCCAAAGCACUGUCGAGCUGGGAGACUCUCGAUGCUAGCGAGAUCGGCAUAAAUCUUUUGGCGGGUCUAUCGACAGCCCUCCAACACGGGAAUCGCCUCGACGUGGAAACCUUCUUCGCCAUCCCAUCCGCACACUGGAGAGAUACUCUAGCCUUGACGGCUCACCUCAGGACUUUUAGCGGAAGAGAAAGGAUAUCGUCGGCGUUGCUGGAGCUGUGCAUCCAACGCGGCGCCGGUGGCUUUGAGUUUCACGGCGGACAGGUCGUGGCGGCGAACGAAGACCUGAAAUGGCUGGACUGCGGCUUCAGCUUCAGCACCGGGUCUCCGAGAGCGCUGUGCAAGGGGAAGCUGAUGCUGGUCCCCUCUGUCCGGGCAUCGGGAGACUGCGACUGGAAGAUUUGGUCCAUGACCACGUGGUUGGCCGAAUGGGAGGAAUACCCGGAGAACGAGGCCCUCUUGAGGCUUGCUUCGGCCCCAAUUACCGGUGACGGCGACGACACUAUCUCAACAGACGUCCUAGUGAUCGGGGGUGGUAAUGCGGGCAUCCUUCUAGCAGCCCGUUUGAAGGCUCUGGACGUCGAUUAUGUGGUAGUCGACCGCAACGACAAGGUGGGAGACAACUGGCUGCAGCGAUACGACUGCAUGAGGUUCCACGUCUACAAGUCCUUUUGCGAGACGCCAUACAUCCCUGAUGCUCCGCAAGCGUAUCCCCACUCGUCCAACGACGGCCUCACGCGGGACCAGCUCGGCGCACAAAUCCAGGCGUUUGCCAGAGAGUUCGACCUCGAACGCCGCGUCCUUCACCGCACAACAGUGACCGCCACGGCGUACGACUCGACCACCAGAACCUGGAGCGUGGAGCUGAGGACGGGAGAGAGGCGCAGACGUCUGUCUUGCAGAUGCCUGGUCCUCGCCACCGGCGCCGGCUUCUCCGGGGCCGCCCCUCUGCCGGACCUCCCCGGCCGGGAGCUGUUCAGAGGCCCCAGCAUGCAUUCCGUCGAGUUUCGCAACGCCAAGGAGAUCGUAGCAAAAGGCGCCAAGUCUGCGGUUAUCAUCGGCUCGGCCAAUACUGCGUUCGACGUGAUGGUGGACUGCCACGACGCAGGCCUUCAAACCACCAUGGUCCAGCGGUCGGAGACGUAUGUCGUCCCAAUGACUUACUUUGCGCACCCGCUGGGGCUCGGGGUCUACAACGUACUCCCGACAGAAGACGCCGACGCCCUUAUUAACGGGGGUCCGUUGGCGAUCGGCGGGAGUCUGCUCGGGCUAGUCCACGCAACGCAAGCUCAGGAAGAGCCAGACCGAUACGACGAGGUUCGCAAAGCGGGACUGAGAGUGCGGGACUCCCUGAAAGGCGGCGACCUCCUCGUCAACCUGCUCGACCGUUGCGGCGGCCACUUCGUCGACAUGGGAAAGGGGAUCGACCUCAUCGCGACGAAAGAAGUCGGCAUCCGCUCCGGCGUCGUGCCGAAAGCGUAUACACCCGAGGGUCUGCUGCUGUCGGACGGCAGCAAGCUGGAGACCGACGCCGUCAUCUGGUGCACCGGCUUCGGCCACGUGGACGGCCGGAAGAGCCUGCCGGACGUCCUCGGAGACGGGGCCGAAGCCAUCGCCGGUAGGCUGGAGCCGACGUGGGGGAUCGACGCCGAGGGCGAGACCCGCGGGCUCUGGAAGCGACACCCGGGCGUGGACAACCUGUGGAUCUUCUCCGGGGGCACGGCGCAGCACAGGUGGUUCUCCAAGGUGAUUGCGCAGCAGGUCAAGGGGGUGCUGGAGGGCAUACUGCCUGAUGCGUACCGGCGGACGCCGGAGCCCGACGCCGCGAGGGACUGGGGGCACGGGGGCACGUGGGCGAAUUUGUAA